CAGCGAACGCCACGGCCGCUGCUGCUGCUUCGUAUGAGCAUUAAAAAAAAAUCACACAACUUUAUUUUUCCCUUGCAGGUUUCUUCUGAAGCACUUAGUGUAUGAUGGGAGAAACGCACACAGACGGAACCAAAAUGGCAGAGCCCCAGGCUGAACCUGCUGUCAGUAAGAAAUCCAAGAAGUCUGAGGGACACUCAGUCUUCACCUGGCUCAUAGUGUUGGCUCUGUUGGGUGCCUGGGUAUCUGUAGCCGUUGUCUGGUUCGACCUGGUCGAAUACAAGAACGUUGUGGGCACACUUGGAAAAUUUUAUGAUGCAGAUGGUGACGGUGACUUUGAUAUGAAAGAUACAGAAGUUCUGCUGGAACCAGAAAAACCACCUGUGACUGCAAAAGACAAGACUGCAAGCAAAGUGCAUACUUCGAGCACUAAAAAAAAGAAGGCAAGCAAAGAUCCAUCAGAUGAUAUUGUGGCUGAAGAAAAGCCCCCAGUUGAGAGCUACAAAGAGACAGAAAGUGAUGUAGAGAAGGAUGGAAAGCCUGUGCUGGUUUCGUCCUUUAAUGAAGACAAGGUAGCCGCACCAUCCUCUUUUCAAGCUUUUGAUUCAAAAGAAAGCAUCGACAGCACUGGAGAAUUGGUUGUAGAGUCCUCACCAGAGGAAACAUUAGAGCUAUCUCCAUCAGAAAGAUACCAAGGUGAAGAAUCAUACUAUGAACAGCUAGAAAAUGAGUCUGCGGGUGUCCUACCUGAUGACAAUAAAGAAUCUACACCAGAAAAUAAACCUGAAAAUAAAGCUCCAGAGAUGAGGCUCGAGCCUGAACCUUCAGCGGAACCUGAAAGGACAAGUGACUUAAUACAAGAGACAGUGACUGAAACAGCGAAACCUCAAAGUACACCAGCGUCUGCACAUGAAGCUACACCAGGGAGUACACCAGAAACAGAGGUUAAGAAGAAAAAGCCAAGCCUCCUCAAUAAAUUUGACAAAACGCUAAAAUCCGAAAUCAAUGCAGCCGAAAAACUGCGUAAAAAGGGUAAAGUUGAGGAAGCUCUGCAUGCCUUCGAGGCUCUUGUUCAGAAAUAUCCUCAGAGUCCCAGGAGUCGCUAUGGCAAAGCUCAGGCUGAGGACGAUAUGGCGGAGAAAUUACGGAGCAACGACAUGCUCCUGAAGGCUGUAAACACGUACAGAGAGGCAGCAGAGCUCCCAGAUGCUCCGGGGGAUCUCAUCAGAGCCUCGCUGAAGAGACGUGCUGACAGACAGCAGUUUCUGGGACGUACAAGGGGCUCUUUAGUGACCCUGGAAAGGCUUGUGCAGAUUUUCCCAGAGGACAUAACGUUAAAGAAUGAUCUAGGGGUAGCUCAUCUUCUGAUUGGUGAUAACAAGGGAGCAAAGCGUGUCUAUGAGGAGGUUUUGGCUAUGGCUCCUAGUGAUGGAUUUGCCAAAGUGCAUUAUGGAUUCAUCCUUAAAGCUGAAAAUCAGAUUGCAGAAAGCAUACCUUACCUAAAGGAGGGUUUGGAAUCUGGGGCACCAGGAACCGAUGAUGGAAGAUUUUAUUUUCAUCUUGGGGAUGCACUGCAAAGAGUGGGAGACACGACUGAGGCUCAUGAAUGGUACGAGGCUGGUUACAAACAUGGUCAUUUCGCCUCUGUCUGGCAGCGGUCGCUGUACAACGUGCCAGGACUGCGAGCUCAACCGUGGUGGACAGCCAAAGAAACUGGAUACACUGACCUUGUUCGGACACUGGAGCGGAACUGGAUGACCAUUAAAGAGGAAGCGUUGGGCGUGUUGGACGCAAACAGGGGGCUCUUCUUACCAGAAGAUGAAAAUCUUCGAGAGACCGGGGACUGGGGCCAGUUUACACUCUGGCAGCAGGGAAGGAAAGUUGGAUCGUCGUGUCAGAGUGUUCCCAAAACCUGUGCUUUACUGGAACGUUUCAAAGAGGCCACCAGCUGCAAGAGGGGCCAGAUCAAGUUUUCAGUGAUGCAGCCUGGUACACACGUAUGGCCUCACACUGGACCCACUAACUGCCGCCUGCGCAUGCACCUAGGUCUCGUCAUUCCACCUAAAGGCUGCCGAAUCCGCUGCACCAACCAGACCCGAGAGUGGGAAGAGGGAAAGGUGUUGAUAUUUGAUGAUUCGUUCGAGCACGAAGUGUGGCAGGAUGCAGACAGCUACAGGCUCAUCUUCAUUAUAGACGUCUGGCAUCCAGAACUCAGCCAGUCACAGAGGCAGACCCUGUCCCCCAUAUGAAGCUGUAAAAUCACCCACAAAGACUCGCUGUGACAUCUCAGCCAAUGUCAGCCACAAGUAAAGCCUGAUCUCUGGUACUGAACAAACUGCAACAUGCAUAUAUGCUAUGUUUUAAUAGACUAAUUUAAUUGUGAAUUAUGUAAUGGUAUGAAGGUAAUGGUUAAUGGAUGUUGAUGUGGGUUUGAGUCAAGAGGAAGAAAAGGUGGAUAGAUCGCUGCUGUUUCAUGUUUAGCAACUUUUGGGAUAUUCACAGCAAAUUGAGUUGAGUGCAUCAAAUUCCACGGAUGAAGAUUUCCAGAUUUGAUGUAUGAUUGAGAGACGUAGUGUAGCUCUAAAUAAAUGGGAUCAUUGUGGGAGCAGAAGUGAGGUACAGUAUGCAGUAGGACGUAGAAUGUAGACCACUGAAGGUGCAAACACUGCAUAUUACCGGUAAUUUACUUGAAUAUAUACUCAUCGUCCAAUUUAUUAAGUGCCGCUACAUAUUCAUGCAGUUAUCUAAUCUGGUCGGUGCAGUGCAUAAACUCAUGCAGUUGCAGAAAUGUUCAAAUUUAGUAUCCGAAUGAGGAAAUUGCAUGAUUCUCUCUGUGACACGGUUUGUUUUCAGGAACUGGUGGCCUCUUAAGGAGUUUCACACACACAAUAGUCUCUAGAGUUUAUACAGAACGUUGCCAAGUGAGCAACAGAGUGAGCAACAGAAGUGUGGAAACACUUCGUUGACACUAGAGGUCAUAAGAAACUUUCCAGACUGGGUCGAGCUGCCAGGAGGAGUAUAAUAAGACUAUAAUCAUCCUUUUUUUCCCCUCCUGAUUUUUCCCAUUAUAUCCUUUAAUUUAGUCAUAGCUAAUUCCUAUUCAUCAUUAGGGCACUCUCCCAUCAAGGCGAACGCUAUUAAGUUUCCUCUGAAACAUGUGAUGCCAGCCAACCGUAUCUUUUCAAUGUACUUGCUCAGAGUGAUUCCCCAUGCAUGAGCUCUCAGACACCCAUGACUAGAUAGCGUAGCGAUUAAUGAGGGUGCUUGAAUGCCAUUGCAUGCUCAUCAUUGUUGUAAAGAGUAAGUUACUUUAUAGUUCCAGGGUAUUCUUAUCUGAUCUUUCUCUUUAGCAGGAGUUUAGCAUGCACUUAGCAUGACUUUUUGCACGUUUUUUUUUUUUUUUUUUUUUUGCCCCACUCUGUGUAAACACUAGAUGCUGUUUCUAAAAUACUUAAACCAGCCAACUACCCCAUGGUUAAAGUCAAAAAGAUUUUUAAACUAAAGCUCUUCACCUGUAUCUACAUGAUUUUAUGAAUUCUGCUGCUGCUGCUGUCACAUGACCAGCUGAUUAGAUAUGAAUGUACAGUUGCUCCUAAUGAAAAGGAUGUUGAGUGUAUUAGCUAUAUUAGAAAUCAUCAUUCAAUAGGUCAAAGGUAUUUCAUAAUGAUACAGAAAUGAUGUGACUUUGCACUACAUGUAUAAAAUGUUUUUGUGUAUGAAGGUGUAAAGCUGUUACUAGACACCUUUUGUCAUUUAAAAACCUGUGCCUUAUACAUACACUUGGUCAAGUGUGUAAGAAUUCAUUACUCAUGCAAUGUAAAGCCUAAACAAGCAUUAUUUUUUUAUUAAAUAAAUCACAAAUGUAAUUUGAAUCAUG